GAUCAUAAAUCAAUAUCGAGCAGCCGGCGAGAUCGAUCGAUAGAUCCUCACACGUCAAUAUGCGAUCGUAACGCCAGCCGACUUCACGGCGUAUAAUAGCGCUGAAGUCAUCCUGCGCGCGAGUCGUAAUCUGCGAUACUCUUUAUCUCAAUUCGCUUCGAGGAAAACCAACCGGCCUAUCCCCGGCGCCACGUUAGCCGUCCGGCUCGUUGAAAGUAGCGCGCGAAAACUUUGGCAUAUCGAACGUCGAUCUUCGCCGGCAUGCUUCGUCGGACACGCUUGGUGGAUUUGGCAGCGAGGUUGCGACAGGGAUUCAUCGCGCCGACGAUCCAUCGGCGAUCGAUCGCCGAUCGGAGCCCGUUCGUCUACGGGCCGGACGUCGUGACAGCUCGGCGAAGUGGCUCGCCGAUCGUGGCACUGGAGUCGACGAUCAUCACCCACGGCAUGCCGUAUCCGGAUAACUUGAACACCGCGCUGAGAGCCGAGGAUGCGGUCAGGAAACAUGGUGCAGUACCUGCCACAAUAGGAAUCAUAGAUGGAAAGGUGUACGUUGGACUGAACAAGGAGCAAUUGGAGGUCUUAUCCACAGCAGAUCCCACCAAGACUGUGAAAUGUUCACGCAGGGAUGUCUCCACCAUUGUGUCACAUACACUCAAUGGUGGUACAACUGUCAGCGCCACAAUGUUGAUUGCACAUAUAGCAGGCAUCCAAAUAAUGGCAACAGGUGGCAUUGGAGGUGUUCACAGGGGUGCUGAGCUGACUUUUGAUGUCAGUACAGAUUUGACUGAACUGGGACGUACGCCAGUAGCAGUUGUCUGCUCUGGUGUGAAGUCUAUUUUAGACAUCGAGAAGACCCUGGAGUAUUUGGAAACUCAAGGAGUACCGGUGGUAAAGAUCGGAGAGACGCCAGACUUCCCAGCUUUCUACUGCUCGAAGACUGUGGACGAACUGAAGGCGCCGUGCCGAGCCUCCAACGCUGAGGAGGCUGCCGGCAUCGUGGAAGCGCAGAGAACACUGGGCGUCGACACCGGGAUCUUGUUCGCAGUGCCCAUUCCCGACAGAUACGCGUUGGACCCCGCAACUAUGGACGCCGCCAUACGUGAGGCCUUGAGGAAGGCCAACGACGCACGUGUCACCGGCAAACGCGUCACGCCGUUUCUUCUGAGCGAGCUCAACGAGAUCACGCGCGGCCGGUCUCUGGAAGCGAAUAUAGCUCUCGUGGAGAAUAACGCUAAGGUCGCGGCCGAGAUCGCCUUGAGUCUCUGCGAGAGGAGGAGGUCUCAGGGUGCCCCGAAUGCGGCGACCGCCCCGUCGGCGCGAUCGAUCACGUCCAGGCAAAAACCGGUAGUAGUGGGCGGCGCCAUUCUCGACACCGUGCUGCAAGUCAGGGAUCCCGAAAUAAGCGAAGAGAAGACUUCUCUCCCACUCCUUCGGACUUUGAUUGUGGAUUUUCGGAUUCUCCUUUCUCACGAACCUCGCUUUAACGGGGACACUCGGCGCGGAGCAGCCGUUCCUCACAACAAUGACGGCAGAACGCACGACGGGCAUAGCAGACGCAGCUGCGGCGGGGUCGGCCGGAACGUCGCCGACGGGCUGGUGAAGCUCGGCUUGAAGAAUACGCGACUAAUAUCCGUCGUUGGUGACGACGAACAUGGGAAAGCCAUACUCGACAGCCUCGGGGCCGCGGCAGAGACUGUGCAGCGGCUGCCGGACGAGAUCACUGCGAGGUCCACGGUGGUGUUGAACAGCAAGGGAGAGUGCUGCUUCUGCGUCUGCGAGAUGGAGUCUCUCGCUGCGAUCGUUCCGGAGCUGAUACGAGAGCGCCGCUCGCACCUCGAAGAAGCCAGUCUCCUGGUGCUGGACGCCAACCUUCCGCCGGACACCAUGCGCUACGUGCUGGACGUCGCGUCUCGCGCCCACGUGCCGGUUUGGUACGAGCCCACGGAUAUCCAGAAAGCAGCGAAGAUAUUUGAAGUUUGCCGGCACUGGCAAGACGUGCUGCAUUUCAUCUCGCCGAACCUGCACGAGCUGAGGGUCAUCGGCAGAUUCUUCGGCAUCUCCGUCACCGGAACCGACGCGGAAAGCUGGGAAGCUGAGGCGAGACGCGUGGCCGGUGAACUGAGCAAACACAUUCCAGUGAUCAUUACCACUCUGGGAGAGCGGGGAGCGUUGGUGACGCGCCGAGCAUCGGAGAACGAGCCCUUCUACAGCGAGGACGGCGAGCUGAUCGUCGACUCUUCGACGGCCGUGUCUCGGCUGUAUCCGGUCGAGAGGAACGCGGCGAGGCCCGGCGAGGAAGUGCUCAGCGUGAGCGGCUGCGGGGACUGUCUCACCGCCGGAGUCAUCUACGGGGUUCAUCGAAACCUCGUCGAGAGCGACUGUAUCUCCCUGGGUCUGAGAGCCGCCGCGCUCUCCCUGAAGUCUCUCGACACGGUGCCGCCGACGCUCGAGGUGCUCUCCGAGCACCGGCUCGGCCGCUAGAACAGGAUCUGCGAGCGGCAGUGCUAAGCAGGCGGUUGAAAUAAAAGCGCAUUUAAAAUGCUGAUUGUA